GGUUGCCUCUUUGAUGAGCCAUACAGCACCUGUGGAUACAGUCAAGCUGAAGAUGAUGACUUUAAUUGGGAGCAAGUGAACACCUUGACCAAACCAAGUUCUGACCCAUGGAUGCCAUCAGGCUCAUUCAUGUUGGUGAACACUUCUGGGAAAUCGGAGGGACAGAGAGCCCACCUCCUCUUACCUCAGCUUAAAGAAAACGACACCCACUGCAUUGAUUUUCACUAUUUUGUAUCCAGCAAAAGUAAUUCUGCACCUGGAUUACUCAAUGUCUACGUAAAAGUCAAUAAUGGGCCUUUGGGGAACCCCAUCUGGAAUAUAUCUGGAGACCCAACAACACGUACAUGGAACAGGGCUGAGCUCGCGAUUAGUACUUUUUGGCCUAACUUUUAUCAGGUGAUUUUUGAAGUAAUCACAUCUGGACAUCAAGGCUACAUCGCUAUUGAUGAAGUGAAAGUGUUAGGACAUCCAUGUACCAGAACUCCUCAUUUCCUGCGGAUUCAGAAUGUGGAAGUGAAUGCCGGCCAGUUUGCCACGUUCCAGUGCAGUGCCGUUGGAAGUACCGUGGCUAGUGACAGACUUUGGUUGCAGGGCAUUGAUGUACGAGAUUCUCCUCUGAAAGAAAAAAAGUUGACUAAUAAACAGCGAUUUAUAGCUUCAUUUAAUGUCGUGAACACAACAAAACGAGAUGCUGGAAAGUACCGCUGCAUGAUACGCACCGAAGGAGGUGUUGGAUUAUCAAACUAUGCAGAGUUGGUAGUCAAAGAACCACCUGUCCCGAUAGCCCCACCACAGCUCGCUUCAGUGGGAGCAACCUACCUAUGGAUCGAACUCAAUGCCAACUCCAUCAACGGAGAUGGACCCAUUGUCUCAAGAGAAGUGGAGUAUUGCACCGCCAGCGGAAGCUGGAGUGACCGGCAGCCAGUGGACUCUACAAGUUAUAAGAUUGGGCACCUUGAUCCAGAUACUGAAUACGAGAUUAGUGUGCUGCUCACCAGGCCUGGUGAGGGCGGUACUGGAUCUCCUGGCCCAGCUCUUAGAACAAGAACAAAGUGUGCAGAUCCCAUGCGUGGCCCAAGAAAAUUGGAAGUAGUAGAGGUCAAAUCUCGACAAAUCACUAUCCGCUGGGAGCCAUUUGGAUACAAUGUAACUCGUUGUCAUAGUUACAAUCUUACAGUCCACUACUGCUACCAAGUGGGAGGACAGGAGCAGGUUCGAGAUGAAGUAAGCUGGGAUCCAGACAACUCACACCCUCAACACACCAUCACUAAUCUGUCUCCGUAUACCAACGUCAGUGUGAAACUCAUUCUCAUGAAUCCUGAGGGACGGAAGGAAAGUCAAGAACUCAUAGUACAGACGGAUGAAGAUCUCCCAGGUGCUGUUCCUGCUGAAUCCAUCCAAGGAAGUACCUUUGAAGAGAAGAUAUUUCUUCAAUGGCGAGAACCAACUCAAACAUAUGGAGUAAUCACUUUAUAUGAGAUCACCUACAAAGCAGUCAGUUCCUUUGACCCAGAAAUUGAUUUAUCCAAUCAAAGUGGAAGAGUUUCAAAACUGGGAAAUGAAACCCAUUUUCUCUUUUUUGGACUGUAUCCGGGGACCACAUACUCGUUUACCAUCCGGGCCAGCACAGCAAAGGGUUUUGGACCUCCAUCAACAAACCAGUUCACCACCAAAAUAUCAGCACCUUCCAUGCCAGUAUAUGAACUGGAAACACCUCUGAAUCAGACUGACAAUACGGUGACGGUCCUGUUGAAACCCGCACAAAGCAGAGGUGCCCCUGUCAGUGUCUAUCAAAUAGUCGUUGAGGAAGAACGUCCUCGAAGAACUAAAAAGACAACAGAAAUCUUAAAGUGCUACCCGGUGCCAAUUCACUUCCAGAAUGCUUCCAUACUGAACUCACAGUACUACUUUGCUGCAGAAUUUCUAGCAAUCAGUCUUCAAGCCGCUCAGCCUUUUACUAUUGGUGAUAACAAGACAUACAACGGAUACUGGAAUACGCCCCUUCUCCCCCAUAAAAGCUACAGAAUUUAUUUCCAAGCUGCUAGUAGAGCCAAUGGGGAAACCAAAAUAGACUGCGUCCUAGUGGCCACAAAAGGAGCUGCCACUCCAAAGCCAGUCCCAGAGCCUGAGAAACAAACAGACCAUACGGUUAAAAUUGCUGGAGUCAUCGCCGGCAUCUUGCUAUUUGUUAUUAUAUUCCUUGGAGUUGUGUUGGUAAUGAAGAAAAGGAAACUAGCCAAGAAGCGGAAGGAGACGAUGAGCAGCACCCGGCAGGAGAUGACUGUGAUGGUGAACUCAAUGGACAAGAGCUACGCUGAGCAAGGCACUAACUGUGAUGAGGCCUUCUCCUUCAUGGACACACACAAUCUGAAUGGCAGGUCUGUGUCUUCACCAUCCUCCUUUACGAUGAAAACAAAUACCCUGAGCACGUCGGUGCCUAAUUCUUAUUACCCAGAUCCAUUUGUGCCAACUGCAAUUUUAGUGCCAAUCAAUGAUGAAACCCACACGAUGGCCAGCGACACCAGCAGCGUGGUGCAGUCACAUACUUACAAGAAGCGCGAGCCAGCCGAUGUGCCCUAUCAGACCGGGCAGCUGCACCCGGCCAUCCGCGUGGCAGACCUGCUACAGCACAUCACCCAGAUGAAAUGCGCUGAAGGCUACGGCUUCAAGGAGGAAUACGAGAGCUUCUUUGAAGGGCAGUCUGCACCAUGGGACUCUGCUAAGAAAGAUGAGAACAGAAUGAAGAACAGAUAUGGGAAUAUCAUUGCAUAUGAUCAUUCCCGGGUGAGAUUGCAGACAAUAGAAGGAGACACCAACUCAGACUAUAUCAAUGGAAAUUACAUUGAUGGUUAUCAUCGACCCAAUCAUUAUAUUGCUACCCAAGGACCAAUGCAAGAGACCAUCUAUGAUUUCUGGAGAAUGGUCUGGCAUGAAAAUACUGCAAGCAUAAUUAUGGUGACCAACCUUGUGGAAGUUGGAAGGGUCAAAUGCUGCAAAUACUGGCCAGAUGACACAGAGAUAUAUAAAGACAUUAAAGUUACCCUGAUAGAAACAGAGCUACUAGCAGAAUAUGUGAUCAGGACAUUUGCUGUUGAAAAGAGAGGUAUUCAUGAAAUCCGGGAGAUCAGACAGUUUCACUUCACUGGCUGGCCCGACCACGGUGUCCCAUACCACGCUACAGGGCUGCUGGGGUUUGUCCGGCAGGUCAAGUCCAAAAGCCCACCCAAUGCAGGUCCAUUGGUGGUGCACUGCAGUGCUGGUGCUGGGCGGACGGGCUGUUUCAUUGUCAUCGAUAUCAUGUUGGACAUGGCCGAAAGAGAAGGGGUAGUGGACAUCUAUAACUGCGUCAGGGAGCUGCGCUCACGGAGGGUGAACAUGGUGCAGACAGAGGAACAAUAUGUGUUCAUCCAUGAUGCAAUCCUAGAAGCCUGUCUUUGUGGAGACACCUCUGUUCCUGCUUCCCAAGUGAGGUCUCUGUAUUAUGAUAUGAACAAGCUGGACCCUCAGACAAAUUCAAGCCAGAUUAAAGAGGAAUUCCGGACCCUAAACAUGGUGACACCAACGCUGCGUGUGGAAGACUGCAGUAUAGCGCUUUUGCCGCGGAAUCAUGAGAAGAACCGGUGCAUGGACAUCCUGCCACCAGAUCGGUGCCUGCCCUUCCUCAUCACAAUCGACGGGGAGAGCAGCAACUACAUAAAUGCUGCUCUCAUGGAUAGCUAUAAACAGCCAUCAGCUUUCAUAGUUACCCAGCAUCCUUUGCCAAACACAGUCAAAGACUUCUGGAGGCUAGUCCUGGAUUAUCACUGCACGUCUGUAGUUAUGCUAAAUGAUGUGGAUCCUGCCCAGUUGUGUCCCCAGUACUGGCCAGAAAAUGGCGUUCACAGGCAUGGCCCCAUUCAGGUGGAGUUUGUCUCUGCUGAUUUAGAAGAGGAUAUCAUCAGCAGGAUAUUCCGCAUUUACAAUGCCGCCCGGCCCCAAGAUGGAUAUCGAAUGGUACAGCAGUUCCAGUUCCUGGGCUGGCCAAUGUACAGGGACACACCGGUGUCGAAGCGCUCCUUCCUGAAGCUCAUCCGCCAGGUGGACAAGUGGCAGGACGAGUACAAUGGAGGGGAAGGCCGCACGGUGGUGCACUGCCUAAACGGCGGAGGUCGCAGUGGGACGUUCUGUGCAAUCAGCAUUGUCUGUGAGAUGCUGCGGCACCAGAGGGCGGUCGACGUCUUCCACGCAGUGAAGACACUGAGGAACAAUAAGCCCAACAUGGUGGAUCUUCUGGAUCAGUACAAAUUCUGCUAUGAGGUGGCUCUGGAAUACUUGAACUCUGGCUGACGGCAUCCACAGCUCUGCAAGCAAACCCAGUCUACCACAAAGCCAAGAUGUUCCAUGGUGUUUGCCUAUGUGAGAUGAAGACUUCUCAAUCUGCUUAUUUUGCUUUGCAUAAUUGGCUCUUUUUAAGAGCCCAAGAAAAUGUCUGUAAAACUGCCUGCACUGCCCAGUUCCCAUGGUAAUGCUGCCGCCUGGCAGGCCCUCAUCCACCACUGUAUUGGUCAAAUACUCUGCCCGGAACCGCCAACCUGGGAGGGCAGUGCAGCGCCGCACAGAUGGCUGGUCAAUCGUAGAGCACAACUAUAUUCUUAUGAAGGAAUUUGUACCUUUGGGGUAUUAUUUUGUGACCCGUGACCCUUUGUUAUUGUUACAGCUGAGUGUACAUUUCUGUUCUGUGGAGAAUGCUACCUGGCAUUAUGAUAAUAUAUUAUUUUAGUUAAUAUUUGUAUUUUAACAUGUUGCAUAAUAUAAGCUUAUUUAGCAGUCCAGGACUAACAGAUAAACACAUAAUGAACAAAGAUACAUUGUCUGAGUUGUUGUUUCUAUCAGAUUUGUAUUGUUUCCAAGGGAAAGGCUUGGAAGGCAUUCAGUUCAAAAAUGCAAAAGCCGAUCAACAGAUUUAAAGAUCCAAAGCUUUUCCAUUUGUUGAUAUUGUAAAUAUUUUUGAUUUCAUUGAAUUAUUUAUUCAUUAAAAGAAAAUUUUGUGAAGCACA